AUGGCGCCGACGUACCGGCCCUACUACGGCGCCGGCGAGGAGCAGCAGCAGCAACGGAAGGUGAAGCCGGUGGGGAGGUGGUUGGCUGCGUGGAGCGUGCUGGGCCUUGGCGGCGACCCGGCGGAGAUGAAGCGGCGGAGGCGGGUGGCCGGCUACAAGGCGUACGCGGUGGAAGGGAAGGUGAAGGCGUCCAUACGCAGGGGCCUCCGCUGGAUGAAGGCCAAGUGCGAGCGCAUCGCCUCCAUUCCCAAUCAGAGCUGA